AUGCGGGUCCCGCUGCCCCCCGCGCCCGCCCCGGCGCUCUGCCUGCUCGCCCUGCUUUGCCUGGGCUGCGCAGCCACCCCCGCACCGCCCCCGGAACCCCCGGCAGCUCCCCCUGCACCCAUCCCCGCAUCCAUCCCCGCACCCAUCCCCGCAGCCCCCCCGGUCCCGCCCCCCGCCCCGCGCUGCCCCGCGCUGAUGCUGCAGCUGCUCCGCUCCCCGCCCGCCCCGCUCCGCGCCGCCGCCGCCGCCGCCCUCAGCCUCUCCCCGCACGGUUCCGUGCAGAACGGCUCGCGCUGGUCGCUCUCCUUCGACAUGUCCUCCCUCUCCAGGAGCCAGGAGGUGAGCCUGGCCGAGCUCCGCAUCCACCUUCCCGACCUCCCUGCAUCCCACGAAGUCUCCCUGGAUAUCUACCACAGCCGGCGGCGGAGGUGCCGGGUUGGUGGGACCUGUGCCCACCAGCUCUUCCUGGGCACCGUGGCCGGCAGCUCUGCUUCCACCCAGGCAUCAUGGAACGUGUUUGAGGUCACCAACCUGCUCCGCUCCUGGCUCCACCAAGACGUGGCCCCUGAGCAUCGUGAUCCCAUGGGAAGGGAGCAGUGGGAGGAGAGCAUGGAAGCCACCAUGGCCACCACCACAGCACAGUUGCCCAUGUCCAGUGCCGCUGGCCACGGGGAGCCAGCCCUGAGCCGGGACGUGAGGGAUGGAGUCCUCCUGCUCGUCUUCUCCAGGGACAAGUCUCCGGGAGAACACAGCCUCAUCAGGACAGCGGAGACCUCCAAGCACGUCAUGCGUGACAGUGGCUCCCAGGGCUUGGGGACGCGCCGGCAUCGCAGGAAUAGGAUGGAGAAGCAAAGGAUCAAGGCGAGCGACGCUGCCGCUGCAGUGCCAGGGGAGGAGGGCAGGUCCCUGUGCAGGAGGGUGGACAUGAUGGUGGAUUUCGAGCAGACCGGCUGGGGCAGCUGGAUAGUCUACCCCAAAAAGUACAACGCCUACCGGUGCGAAGGGCUGUGCCCGUCGCCCGUGGACGAGACCUUCAAGCCCACCAACCACGCCUACAUCCAGAGUUUGCUGCAGCUCUACAAGCCCAACCAGGUGCCCUGCCCUGCCUGCUCUCCGGUCAGGAUGAGUCCUCUCUCCAUGCUUUACUACGAGAAGGGCGAGAUCGUUGUCCGCCACCACGAGGACAUGAUCAUCGAGGAGUGCGGCUGCAACUGAGGGCAGCUCAUCCCCUGCCGGGAGAGUGUCCCCGAGGACUGGCCACCCAACGCACCACCAACGAGCAGACCAGCACCUCCAAAUCCCACAUGCCCGCGGGUCUGUGAAGCUCUGGCUGUGCCAGGGGAGAAGGAAAGGGGGUGCCCCGGUGUCGGCAGCGCUGCGGUGCACGGACACAUCCAGGGAAAGACACUUCCCUGCUGCACUGGGUGCCCGACGGCUGCAUUGAGCCGGGAGCCGCGGUGCUGGCAGCCGGGGCAGCGAAGGGCUGGUGCUGCUCUGCAGGGCGAGAAGCUGCGGCGCAGGGCUGGAGCCACAGCAGCAACGCUCCCUGCCACCAUGUGCUGCCCGUGGCCGUGCUCCUCCUCGUGCCAGUGAUCGGUGUCACCGGGAGCCACGGGCUCUUGGUGGGCGCUGCGUGGUGUUGUCUGGCCAUGCUGAGCAUCUGCAACGGUGGGAUUUUCCAUCUGCCCCGGGGUUUCAGCAUUUCUCUUCUCUCUCUAUAUUAAAACCCUAUCAGAUUUCUAUUACAGUUAAGCCAAGUUAAUGUGUUCACCUGAUGGCUACAGCCCACAGCCGGCAGUGCCACGCGGGGCAGGGCUUCCCUGAGCCAUCCAGGCUGAGCGUGACCCCAGGAGGAGGCGGCAGUGACCUCCAUCCUUACUCUCCUUGCCCAUAAUCACCCAUGGAAUGAUGCAAAAACAUGGACCUGGGGCUCCUGCAUCCCUCUCCGUUCACCAGGAGCCAGAGAGGUUUUGCUCGGGCUGGAAACAAGGCAGCCCCAUGGUCAGUGUCGGAGGGUCUGAACACCCAAGACCUC